GCGAUCGAACCAUGGCGUCCCUCGUUAGAUCACGACCAUUGGGCGCUGAGCUAUUUAGUGCUGCGUUCUACGGUGACAUCAACGACGUCCAGCGCCUGCUCAAGGAAGGCGCCGACGUCAACUUUACCAACGAGGAUGGAGCGACGCCGCUGUUUGUUGCUGCGCAGAACGGACACGGCGCUGUCGUCUUGACGCUUCUUGGCGCCAACGCUACAGUGAAUCUAGCUUUGCAAACUGGAGCGACGCCGCUGUUUGUUGCUGCUCAGUACGGUCAUGAUGCCGUCGUCAAGGCGCUCCUGAGCGCCGACGCUACUGUGGACCAAGCUAGAGACACUGGAGCGACACCGUUGUUUGUUGCUGCUCAGUAUGGUCAUGACGAUGUCGUCAAGACGCUCCUCGGCGCCAACGCUACGGUGAAUCUAGCUUUGGACACUGGAGCGACGCCGCUGUACGCUGCCGCAGAGAAAGGCCAUAAUGACAUCGUCAAGACGCUCCUCUGGGCCAACGCAGAUGUGGAUCAAGCUUUCGACGAUGCAGCCACGCCGCUGUUCGUUGCUGCUCAGUACGGUCAUGACGCUGUCGUCAAGGCGCUUCUCGGCGCCAACGCCACUGUAGAUCUAGCUUUCGACGAUGGAGAUACCCCACUUUUGUCGGCGGCCCGACACGGCCAUCUCGAUAUUGUGCAAUGUCUUCUCGACGCUGGCGCGGACAUUAACCUGAGUCUUCAAGUCGGCUUCAACGCUAAAGGCCAAAAAAUCUUGGCGGGUUCAACGCCGCUUCUACUGGCCACCCAGUUUGGGCACAUUGAUGUGGUUCGGGUCUUGCUGCGUCAUCAUCCCAACCUCCAAGCCACCGAUGCUGACGGAGCGACGCCGCUGUUUGCUGCUGCUCAACAAGGCCACGACGCCGUCGUCAAGAUGCUCGUCGGCGCCAACGCAGCUGUGGAUCAAGCUAUAAACGAUGCAGUGACGCCGUUGUACAUUGCUGCUCAACAAGGCCACGACGCUGUCGUCAAGACGCUCCUCGGCGCCAACGCCGCUGUGAACCAAGCCAUGAGCGAUGGAGGAACACCGCUGUUCAUUGCUGCAUAUAAUGGGCACGACGUCAUUGUCAAGAUGCUCCUCGAAGCCAACGCCGCCGUGAAUCAAGCCAUGAACGAUGACGACAGUCCACUGUGUGCUGCGUCACGUCGUGGUCAUCCCACAACGGUGCAAAUCCUCCUGGACGCUGGGGCCGACGUCGACAAGUCCGGCGGGUCGACCUCGCUCUUUGCGGCGGCUCUGAUUGGACACGAAGAGGUUUGCCGCGUCCUGCUCCGUGCCAACGCAAAUAUCCACGCGUCGGACAGCAGUGGUCAAACGGCGCUGACGGCCGCAGUGCGCGGCGGCCACGAGUCGAUCGUGCGACUCUUGCUCGAUGCUGGCGCUAGCCUCGAUGAUCGGCACCAGAACUUGACGGCGCAGGCCAUCGCGAUCGAGAACAAGCAUGUGACGGUUGCUACAGUGCUAAAUGACGCAGAGAGACUCGUACUAGCCGUGACUGAUGCUGAUCUGGCCAAUGUACAAGCGCUUUUGGACGCCGGUGCCAGUCCCAACCUUACAGACCAGACCGGUGGUCGAUUGCUGCACCUGGCUCUGCGUGGCGUUGAGGCCCAACUCUCCAAUGCCACAAGACUCGUCCCGUACGAGCUCCAAAAGGCAGAGAUCCUCGAAGGCCAGCUUCUCGACAAGUUGCUUCGUGCACCUGGCGUGGACCUCACCGCACGCAACACGGUACAGCUUCUCUGGCAAAAAAUCACUUCUUAG